AUGUCAUCAAAUAUAAAUUUUCUAUCUGAAACUAAUCAUUGUGGACAAACAUUACUUCAACUUGUAGCACAUGGUAAUGCUAUUAUAGCAGAAUUAUUAAGAUUAAGUAAUUAUAUACCACCUGUAUUCUUUUUAGAAGAUAAAAAAUAUCAAUAUAUUAUAUUUGAUUUUAAAUAUUUAAAAAAUCAAGAUGCAUUUGAUAAUAGAAUAACAUCAAGUGCAGAUUUAUUAGAUUUGGAUGAAAAUUUUAAAGAUAGUCAUAUGCCAUUAUUAGAAAGAUUUUAUACACUAUUUAAAUCAAUCUAUAAUUAUUAUAAAGAUUUUAUUAAAUUUAUGAAUGAUUUAGAUCAAGGAUAUUAUAUUCAACAAACAUUAGAAUCUAUUCUUGUUAAUCAAGAUGGUAAACAAUUACUUGCUGAAUCAUUAUAUUUAUAUGGUUGUAUGUUAUUAUUAUUAGAUUUAAAAAUACCUGGACCUGUUAGAGAACGUAUGUUAAUGUCCUAUUUUAGAUAUAAAGGUGCAGGUGAAAUUCCUAACAUUGAUGAUGUUUGUAAAUUGUGUAGAUCGACAGGCUUUGAUUCUACCUAUUAUUUACAUUUAAAAUAUUUUGCACAACAACACGCUCAUCACAAUACUGGUAAUAAUGGCGCCAUUUUUUACGAUCAUUCUAAUAAUAGUAGUAGUAAUAAUACUCAUGAUCAUCAUUCAUCUACCCAUCAUUCACCUUCAUCCAAUUCAAGUGGAGGAGGUAAUGGCAGUGGAGGCAGUGGAGGAAUAACACCACCACAAUAUCCAGAAUCUUAUCCAUGUGAUUAUUUUAAUAGAUUUGCAUUACCAGAUCAAUUAGUGAGUAUGAUAAUUGGUAGAUUGAGAUCUGAUGAUAUUUAUUUACAAACAAGUUAUUAUCCAUUACCUGAACAUCGUAGUGUUGCAUUAAGUACACAAGCAGCCAUGUUAUUUAUUAUUUUAUAUUUUAAACCAAAUAUGUUAAAUUCAGAACAAGCAGUAAUGAGAGAAAUUGUUGAUAAACAUUUUCCAGAUAAUUGGGUAUUAUCAUAUUAUAUGGGAUUUACAGUUGAUUUAACAAUGGUAUGGAAAGAUUUUAAAGCAGCAAAUUUAGCCAUACAAAAUAUAGUAACAUUGAAUCAUGUUAAAAAUUUAACAGAUAAUUUUUAUAAUCAAUUAUUACCUAAAUUAAUAGAACAAUUAAAUCAAUAUUUAAUAGAAGGAGUAUUAGUAGAAGAAUAUGUAUUAGAUAAUAUUAAUAGAUUAUUAUCAUGUUUAAGAGAAUGUAAUGUAACAUUACGUUGGUUAUUAUUACAUCGUACUUCUAAAAAUAGAAAAGUAUAUGAAUUAAUUGAUCAAAUGACAAAUUCAGAAGAUAUUUUAUUAUUAUUAUUAAAUACAGCACAAUUUGAAUUUUUAUUAAAACAAAUGUUUCAAGAAAUGUUAGAUUCAAAAGAAAUUAAAUGGAGUGAAUGUAAAAAUCAAGCACAUUUAAGAAUGAUUGAAUUAUCACAAUAUUUUAGUGGUGAAAAAGCAUUAACUCCAAUUAAAGAUGAACAAUUACAAGAAUGGUUCUCUGAAAUGUCUAAUCGUAUAAUUGAAUUAGAUUAUCAUGAUUCAACAUUGGCAGGACGUCGCAUCCAACAAGUUAUUUCAGCAUUGGAAGAUGUUGAACAAUUUCAUCAAAUUGAACAAUCACUUCAAGUUAAACAAUAUUUAUCAGAUACAAGAUUAUUAUUGAAAAAAAUGAUACGUUAUGUUAAUAUACGUGAAAGUGUUCUAGUUGGUAUUGCAAUUGUUAGUGAUAUUUCAUAUGCAUGGGAAAUUGUAGGUGAUUAUGUUAAAUCAAUGCAGAGAAGAAUUAAAAAAGAUCCAUCAUUGAUUAUUAAAAUGAGAUCUACAUUUUUAAAAUUAUCAACAAUGUUAGAAUUACCACUUGUUAGAAUUUCACAAGCUAAAUCACAAGAUAUUGUCAGUGUUUCACAAUAUUAUUCAAGUGAAUUAGUUAAAUUUGUUAGAUUUACUUUAGAAAUUAUACCAAUGAGCAUGUUUUCUAUUUUAAAUAAGAUUAUUGAAGUACAAACAAAUAGAUUAGAAGAAUUACCAACUAAAUUACCAAGAAAUGAAUUGAAAAGAUUUUCACAAUUAGAUGAACGUUAUGAUUUAUCAAGAUCAACUUAUGAAGUUUCAAAAUAUACUGAAGGUAUUUUAGCAAUGGAACGUACUUUAAUGGGUAUUGUUGAAAUUGAUCCAAAACAAUUAUUAGAAGAUGGUAUUAGAAAGGAAUUAGUUAGACAAAUUGCAAUGGCAUUACAUUCUAAUUUAAUAUUCAAUUCUUCACAAUAUGGUUUUGAUUUAUUAAGAUUAUCACCUCAACAACAACAACAAGAUGAUAUUACAUCUACUAAUUCUCAUUCUAAUAAUUCAUCUAACAAUUCAUCAUCAUCAUCAUAUCGUAAUAGUAUUGAUCAAUUUAUAGAUCAAUUAGUUUCAAAUAAUACUUUAAAUAACAAAAAGAUGGAAUCAAUACCAUUAAUUGAAUAUACACGUUUAUUUGAAGAUAAAUUAGGUAAAUUACAUUCACAAUUAGAUGGAAUGUUAAGAUCAUUUGAAUAUAUUCAAGAUUAUGUUCAUGUUUAUGGAUUAAAAUUAUGGCAAGAAGAAUUUUCACGUAUAAUAAUGUACAAUGUUGAACAAGAAUGUAAUACCUAUUUAAAAAGAAAAGUAUUUGAUUUUCAAUCACUUUAUCAAUCAGAAGUAAUACCAAUACCAAGAUUUAAAUCAAUUCAAUCACAACAAAUGAUUGAUAAACAAUCUAUUACUAUAUUAAAUUUUAUGGGUAGAUUAAUGGUUGAAUUAUUAGUACAAACUGAUAGUAGACGUACUAUAUAUAUUGAACAAUUAAGUGGAUGGUAUGAUUAUGAUUCUAAUUUUUUAAAUUCAAGUUCAAAUUCAAAUUCAAAUAAUUCUAAUUCUAAUUCUUCUAAUUCUUCUUCUAAUAAUAGUAAUAUAAAAAAAGAAGAAAUUAUUGGAUUAACAUGUUUUACAUUAUUACAACAAACAGUAUCAUCAUUUGGAUUAGUUGGAUUAGAUUUAUUAUUAAGUUAUAGAAUUGUAACAUUAUUAAAUCAAUUUGUUAAACAAUAUUUAAAACAUUUAAAUAUAGAUUCAAUUAAAAAACAUUUAAAAUUCUUUAAAGAUUUUAUAACACCACCAAAUACAUUACCUGAACAAUUAGGUAAAAUUUAUGAACAAGUUUUAAAUUUAUUACCAUCACAAAUAUUUACACAUGUAUUUUUAUAUUAUGUAAUGCAAGUUGGAACAUGUCAAUUAUUGAGAAAACAUAUUGCUUCUCAAUUAUUAUUUACAUGUAAAUUAAAUGCAAAUCCUUUAUUUAAUACUUUAACUAAUUUAAAUCAUGCUAUUUUAAAAGAUGUUGAACAUUAUUUUGAUAUUCAUUAUAAAAAUCAAGCAAAUCAAAAAUUAUCACAACAACGUUUAUCAAAACAUUCAAUUUUACCUUCAUCUAAUCAAUCAAAUCAAUCAAAUAAUAUGAAUAAUAAUCAAUCAAAUCAAUCUAAUCAAUCAAAUAAUAUGAAUAACAUUUCAAUUAAAUCAACAAGACAAUUAGAUGGAGUUGGUUAUCCAUCUGAAAAUAAUCCAAUCUUUUCAGAAUUGACACAAUAUUUACAAACAAGUGGUAUGCAUCAACCAUUUGAAAAGAUUUAUAUUACACCAAAUUUAAUUAUUCAAAAUAGUGGUAUUGGUAUUUCAACAAGUAGUAAAACUAGUAAAAAUUUUAAUAGUAAUAUUAAUAUUAAUAAUAAUAAUAGUAAUGGAAAUAUUGGAGAUUACAUUUCAGUGACAAUGUUUUUAUUUGUAUUAAAUUGUAUUGAAAGAUUUAUCUAUGUACCAUCAAUUGAUUGUCUAGUUUCUAAAAAGAAGGGAGAUAUUUUAGAUGGUACACCAUUUAUUGUUGGUAUUUAUACAGUAUUGAAACAAUUCCACUCUUCACAAACACAUUUAUUCUUAUCUUUUAUUGGUCAAUAUAUUAGAGCUAAUACUGAUCAAAUUAAUAUUGAAAAGAAGGGUGCUAAUAUUCCUGAUAAUGUCAUUUUCAUGUUGAGAUUUAUUCAAAGAUUUUGUAAAUAUGGUAAUAUUAGUCAAAAGGUUUUAGAAGGUCACGUUCCUUCUUUUUUAUUUACAAAACUUGUUGAUUAA